GCGCAGCCAUCCUUCUCGCACUCCAAUAGUGAGAGGCCGGAAGACACCGCCAUGGUUUUAGGGUUGCAGCACUUCGAUGACCGCGUCGGCGACGAGAACGGCGGUCCCCGACUGGACUCCGACGCUGGCGAGGAGCUGAUGCUCGUCGAGCGUGGCGUCGCCAUCGCGCUCGGGUCUCGACCUCCGGAUUCCCCCGGAACACUCUACAUCACCACUCGGAGGGUGAUUUGGUUGAGCGACACGGACAAGGGGAACGGAUACGCGGUGGAUUUUUUGUCGGUCUGCCUCCAUGCCGUGUCGAGGGACCCGGAGGCAUACUCCUUGCCCUGCAUCUACACUCAGAUCGAGACUGAAGAUGGUGAGAAUGAGGAGUCUGAAAGCUCGGAUUCAGAAAGUCAUGGUGAUUUAGAACUGUCAAAUGUCACUGAAAUGAGACUAAUUCCAUCAGAUCCUGGUCAAUUGGAUACUCUCUUUGGCAUAUUCUGUCAAUGUGCUGAACUAAAUCCUGAGCCUCAAGAAGAAGAGGAAGAAAAUAGCUGGGUUUUUGGCAAUGAAGAAAUGGCUGAUGAUGGAAGUGAUUCGGAGUGGCAGCUUUCAGAACAUCAUGCCAAUCCCAUUGGUUAUGCAAAUGGAGAUCAUGACCUUGCUUGUACGGUGCAUGAGCUUCGAAUCAACGAUCAGCGGUUUGAAGAUGAAUCUUUUGAAAUAUAA